AUCUAUCGGGCCCCGACGGCUCUUUCCAAAUUUUCUCCUCAGUCCACCUCUGUCUCUCUCUAGAUCACGCCUCCAAACACCCACUGUUCUCUCUCUAUUUGUAAAUUCAAACCCUAAACAUUAUUUUUCACUUUCAGCAUUUUGAUUUUUACUCGGUGAAUUCCACCUGGAAUUUUGAUUAGAUGCAUUCAUUUUGAAGAAACCAAAGCAGAGGAUUAAGAUCUUUCAAUUGUAACCGGACCAAGCGUUUUGAGUUGGAUCUGGACCGGAGUUGUGAUCGGACCGCUUGGAGAUGGCGUUGUCUGGCAUGAGAGGGCUGUCGGUGUUCAUCAGCGACGUCCGCAAUUGCCAGAACAAAGAACAAGAACGCCUCCGCGUCGAUAAAGAGCUCGGCAAUAUCCGUACUCGCUUCAAAAAUGAAAAGGGUUUGACUCCUUAUGAGAAGAAGAAAUACGUCUGGAAAAUGCUUUACAUAUACAUGCUUGGUUAUGAUGUGGACUUUGGUCACAUGGAAGCCGUUUCUUUAAUAUCUGCUCCCAAGUAUCCUGAAAAGCAGGUUGGGUACAUAGUGACAUCGUGUUUGCUUAAUGAGAAUCACGACUUUUUGAGAUUAGCUAUUAAUACAGUGCGGAAUGAUAUCAUCGGUAGAAAUGAGACUUUCCAGUGCCUAGCACUGACUCUGGUCGGAAAUAUUGGUGGGAGGGAGUUUGCUGAAUCACUUGCACCUGAUGUUCAAAAAUUACUUCUAUCCAGUAGUUGCAGGCCCCUUGUGAGGAAGAAGGCUGCUUUAUGUCUCCUACGCCUGUUUAGAAAAAAUCCUGAUGUUGUGAAUGUGGAUGGCUGGUCAGAUCAAAUGGCACAACUGUUAGAUGAACGUGAUUUGGGUGUCUUAACAUCUUCAAUGAGCCUUUUAGUUGCCUUAGUGUCGAAUAACCAUGACACAUACUGGAGUUGUCUGCCAAAGUGUGUUAAAAUUUUGGAAAGGCUGGCAAGGAACCAAGAUAUUCCACAAGAAUACACUUACUAUGGUAUUCCAUCUCCCUGGCUUCAGGUUAAGACAAUGAGGGCUCUUCAGUAUUUUCCUACUGUUGAAGAUCCAAACACUAGAAGAUCAUUAUUUGAGGUUUUACAACGGAUACUCAUGGGAACUGAUGUAGUGAAAAAUGUCAACAAGAAUAAUGCAUCCCAUGCUGUGCUUUUUGAAGCCCUUGCUCUUGUCAUGCAUCUUGAUGCUGAAAAAGAGAUGAUGUCCCAGUGUGUUGCACUGCUUGGGAAAUUUAUUGCUGUGCGUGAGCCAAAUAUUCGAUAUCUUGGCUUGGAGAAUAUGACGCGGAUGUUAAUGGUAACAGAUGUACAGGACAUUAUAAAAAGACAUCAAGCCCAGAUCAUUACCUCAUUAAAGGAUCCUGAUAUCAGCAUCCGAAGGCGUGCACUUGAUUUGCUAUAUGGCAUGUGUGAUGUUUCCAACGCAAAGGACAUAGUUGAAGAAUUAUUACAGUAUCUCAGCUCUGCAGACUUUGCUAUGCGUGAAGAAUUGUCACUAAAAAUUGCAAUUCUAUCGGAGAAGUUUGCCCCUGAUUUGUCAUGGUAUGUGGAUGUCAUCCUUCAGUUGAUUGACAAGGCAGGGGAUUUUGUCAGUGAUGACAUUUGGUUUCGUGUGGUGCAGUUCGUUACGAAUAACGAGGAUUUACAGCCUUAUGCUGCACUGAAAGCCAGAGAGUAUCUUGAUAAGCCUGCUGUUCAUGAAACAAUGGUUAAGGUAAGUGCAUAUAUUCUUGGAGAGUACAGCCAUCUUCUGGCUAGACGGCCUGGAUGUAAUCCAAAAGAAAUUUUCAGUGUCAUGCAUGAGAAGCUUCCUUCUGUUUCGACUCCAACAGUUUCUAUUCUUCUUUCAUCAUAUGCAAAGAUUUUGAUGCACACCCAACCACCUGACCCGGAGCUACAGUCUCAAAUCUGGGCAAUAUUCAACAAAUAUGGAAGUUGUAUUGAUGUUGAACUACAACAGCGGGCUGUUGAGUAUAUUGAACUGAGUAGGAAAGGUGCAGCUUUGAUGGAUAUAUUAGCUGAAAUGCCAAAGUUCCCUGAGCGACAGUCUGCGUUGAUUAAGAAAGCUGAAAAUUCUGAGGCUGAUACUGCUGAGCAAAGUGCAAUGAAGUUGCGUGCUCAGCAGCAGAACUCUAAUGCUUUGGUGGUGACCGACCAGCACCCUGCUAAUGGACCUUCAACUGUGAGCCAGCUCAGUCUUGUAAAGGUGCCUGCCAUGAGUAAUGUGGAUGGUGAAUCUCCAGAUCCAGCUGUGACUGAAGCAAAUGGCACACUCACUGUUGUGGAUCCGCCCUUUGAAGAUCUCCUGGGUCCAAUGGCUAUUGAAGGCCCUCCUAGUGCUACUGCUGAAGCUGAGCAUAUUCAGGCCUCUGGUUUGGCUGGUGUGCCAAAUGCAGGGGAGGCGUUGGCUAUUGCUCCUGUUGAAGACCAGAUGAACACUGUCCAGCCAAUUGGAAAUAUUGCUGAAAGGUUUCAUGCUUUGUGCCUAAAGGACAGUGGCGUGCUGUAUGAGGAUCCUUAUAUUCAGAUUGGCAUUAAAGCAGAAUGGAGAGCCCCACAUGGGCGAUUAGUGCUUUUCCUUGGAAAUAAGAAUACAUCACCACUUGUUUCAGUUCAAGCUUUAAUAUUGCCUCCAGCUCACUUAAAAUUGGAACUCUCACUUGUACCAGAGACUAUACCCCCAAGAGCACAGGUGCAAUGCCCACUCGAGGUUGUUAAUCUCCGGCCAAGUAGGGAUGUGGCUGUUCUGGAUUUUUCCUACAAGUUUUCGAGUCAUGCGGUCAAUGUAAAACUUCGCCUUCCUGCUCUCUUGAAUAAGUUUCUUCAGCCUAUACAAGUGUCCGGUGAAGAGUUUUUCCCCCAGUGGAGAUCACUUUCUGGACCUCCUCUAAAGCUUCAAGAAGUGGUUAGAGGAGUAAGACCAAUGCCACUUCUAGAAAUGGCCAAUUUGUUCAACAGUUACAGGUUGAUGGUUUGUCCAGGGCUUGAUCCAAACCCAAACAAUUUGGUUGCCAGCACAACUUUCUAUUCAGAGAGUACACGAGCUAUGUUGUGUUUGCUUAGAGUAGAAACGGAUCCAGCAGAUAGAACUCAACUACGGAUGACUGUUGCCUCGGGCGAUCCUACUCUAACUUUUGAGUUGAAGGAAUUUAUUAAAGAACAAUUAGUCAGCAUCCCUCUAGUUGCCCGGCCGCCUGCACCAGUACCUCCACAACCUCAGCCAACAAUUCCACCCUCACCUUCGGCAACAUCUGAUCCCGGGGCUUUGCUUGCUGGCUUGCUUUGAGUUACUUAUUUCAUCAUUGAAGAAUUUGUCGAUGACGAUUAUUGUAAAAUUGAUUAUACAGACAGCCUGCCCAAGCAUCCCAGGAAAUUGAGGUGGGUUUCGAACAAUACAGUGCAAGGGCUGGCGGGAUUCAGGGCUGUACCAUUGUAUCUGAUCGGCUUAGCUUUGUUGGAGUUGGGUUUCUUGGAGAUCGAAGUUUUGAGAUUCUUUUUCAACCAUGUAGUUCUUUGAGUGAGGUUUUCUCCUUCCGGGUUGGGGGCUUUCUUAUUUCUCACUUUUCCUUAUAUAUUUUUUUCCCCUUCUAAAGUAGCGAGGCUUCAUUAAUUGGUUUCUGUAUAAUGAAAUAGCACAUGGGAUUCCCUGGGGUGGUUCCGGCCAAUUGUAUCUAUUAGAUUUGUUCGUGAUGUAUUUUUAACAGAAAACAGCAAUUUUUUCAGAAGAGAAAAGGUCGUGAUGUUGAUUUAUCUA